AUGAUCGACUCUACAUGCGAAGAGCGUAGAGGCAAAACCAUCGAAUAUGACAUUAAAGAAAUCAAGACAGCUGUGCCUCCAUCACUCCUUCCGUAUCUGCAGCGCACACCCUCAGACCCCCGUCCUGUGGUAAUCAUGACAUGCGGCCUUGCAGGGACCGGCAAGACCACGCUCGUGAAGUCCAUACUCAAGCACCAUCCCCACUUCACAAGGGUAUCGAGCGACGCCAUCCUCUUCGAUGCUCACGGAAUUUAUGGCAUUGACUAUGCGGCAUCUUUGUCCUUGUACAACCAGUAUCAGGAUGAAGUCGAUGUAGUUUAUCUCGAGACUUUCCGCAGACUCCUGGCUGAAGAGAAAGAUAUCAUUCUCGAGCGGUCAUUCUACGCGAAGGAAGAUCGAGACGAGUUCCAUGGGAUAGCGGUAGACGGCGGCGCCAGAGUCGUGCUCGUGUUUCUGCGAGCGAAAGACAAGGAGCUGCUGUGGGAAAGGAUCUGUAAGAGAAGUAGGGCGGAGAAGACAGCUGACAAUGCACUGGACAUUAGCAGGGAGACGUUCGAGAUGUACUGGAGCGGCUUUGAGGAUCCGGACAACGAGGGCGAAAUUGUGAUUGAGGUUGUCUAGAGGGUGUCCGCUAUAGUAGUGAUGAGAGGUUUACGACCGACCAUUGCUUCUGAGGUGCUGCAACGGUUCUGGUGAUCAACUGCUCCAUCAUCGCCUGAGACAAGAUCAACACUCAAUGAUGCUUCUCAUAACUCGGUGCUGGUUCGUAUGCUGGCAACUGCUCUUUGAGAGCACGUGUUUCCUGAGCAGGCUGUAUCGAUGCUGCUUGGUUUGCGCUCGCAGAGGCAGCCGGUGGUGUCUCGUCCUAGCCGUCGUACAUCGCAGACGACUCGGCAAAGGUCUCAUAAGGCAGUGACACUAAGGUCUCUUGGACGCAGUCCCCAUCCACCACUCAUACGGUACAUUAGCCGUAGCUCAUAGGUCCUGAAGUUUGGAAAGAUGGUCGGCAAUAACUUUGUUUCGCUAAGUUCUGCGAGAUGUAAACCAUG